AUGAAUGCCAGAAUAAGUUUGGACGAGAAGUUAAUUACAGACAUCACUUCUUCAAUUAGCGAAGUUGUUGACAAGACUAACGUCUUCGUGACAAUGGUCAAACAAUUUCGAGCUCGAGUGAGGAAGAUCGAAAUCAAAGUUUCUGGAGUCCCAGAAAUUAAAGAAGAAGAUGAUUUUGAAGAUACAUUGUUGUUAUCCAGAAACAGACACAAAUUAUCAACGACACAAUCCAAAAUAUCACUCAAUCACAACAAAUUUCUGAAUCACUAA